GGAGAGCCCUGAGUUGCAACUAGGCAAAAUGGGUUUUCGCUACGCUACCUACUAAAAAAGAUUAAUCCCUCACGAAGGCUGAAUGAGUUGAUUACGCAGUACAUUCCCGUUUGUGUAUAAAUAGGAGGAGGGAGUUGCUCAUCACAUCCCCCAUUCAUUCACAAGAUUGAGGGGGCCCCUAACCAAACCUAAUAGCUUCAGAGGAUCCAUCAUGCCCACUCACCAUGCUUCCGCCGCCAUUUUUGGUAUUAUAGGUAACAUGAUUUCUGUGAUGGUGUACUUGGCUCCGGUGCCAACGUUUUACCAGAUAUACAAAAAGAAAUGCACGGACGGUUUCCACUCGCUGCCAUACUUGUUGUCAUUAAUGAGUUCUAUGCUUUGGUUAUACUACGCCUUCCUCAAAAUUCAUGACGGCGUUGUUCCCCUUAUUACGAUCAACUCGAUCGGAUGUGUCAUAGAGCUCAUCUACAUUCUCACCUACAUUAAGUAUGCGCACAAGGAUGCAAGGAACUUAACCUAUACGCUAUUCGCGGCCAUGAAUAUUGCCUUCUUGACCUUGGUCCUUUCCUCGCAUUUUGCUCUACAUGGUUCCCACCGUGUCAAAGUCAUUGGAUGGAUUUGUGACGCCGUUUCGCUCAGUGUCUUUGCAUCACCUCUAAGCAUUAUGGCAAAAGUUAUUAGAACAAAGAGUGUACAGUUUAUGCCCUUCUAUUUGUCAUUUUUCCUCACACUGAAUGCCAUAACGUGGUUUGUAUAUGGUUUAUCUAUCCAAGACAAAUGCAUUUAUGUUCCAAAUGUGGGGGGGUUUGGACUGGGGCUAGUUCAGAUGGUGCUAUAUGGCAUUUACAGGAACGGCGGUGAGAGUGAGAAGGAGCAAGCUUUAGCUGAAGGAGUGAUAAACAUUGUUGUUGUGAACCCCUUGGGACCUGCUGAAGUCUUCCCAAUCGCAGUGGAAGUGGAUGAUGACAAAGUCAAAGAAGGGCUUGUAGUUGAUCAAGAGAAGGAUGCCAAGGAUUAAUUGCCAAGUGUCAUUGUCAUAUUUUAAUUGCUUAAGGCCGCCAGAUCAUACUCUGCUUUUCCUCUAUGUUUGUUGCUUGCUGCCUAAGUUAGCCAUCAUUGUGUGUGUCAGUUACUACCUCAAUGGAGUAUCAAUUAUUUAAUUGUUAUCUAUAAGACCAUUUUCAACAUGGGUUUCUCCAAGACUUUGU